AUGGGACCUUCUGGUCAAUCGGAGAGUUCUCAUCGUUCAACAAGGUCCUUAAGUCAGUUGAACUCUCUUGUUGAACUCAUGGACCCUACCAAUGAAGCAGUCACACUAGAUCCAGGCCACACUUGGUCACAGGUCACACUUGGUCCAGGUCACACUUGGUCCAGGUCACACUUGGUCCAGGUCACACUAGAUCCAGGUCACACCAGGUGGCGCACCAGCAGGAGCACCAGUCACCAGCAGGAGCACCAGUCACCAGCAGGAGCACCAGUCACCAGCAAGAGUACCAGUCACCAGCAGGAGCACCAGUCACCAGCAGGAGCACCAGUUACAGGCAGGAGGUCACCAGCAGAGUUACCAGGAGGAUCACUAGGAGCACCAGGAGCACCAGUCACCAGCAGCCAGGAGGGUCACCAGUCACCAGUGGAGGAGCAGGGCACUAGUUACCAGUCCACACCAGGCAGGAGCACCAGUCACCAGCAAGUACCAUACCAGCAGGAGCACCAGUCCAGGAGGAGCACAGUCACCAGGAGGAUCACUAGUUACCAGGAGGAGCACCAGUCACCAGGAGGAUCACUAGUUCCCAGGAGGAGCACCAGUCACCAGCAGGAGCACCAGUCACCAGCAGGAGCACCAGUCACCAGGAGGAGCACCAGUCACCAGCAGGAGCACCAGUCACCAGGAGGAGCACCAGUCACCAGCAGGAGCACCAGUCACCAGCAGGAGCACCAGUCACCAGCAGGAGGUCACCAGCAAGAGUACCAGUCACCAGCAGGAAACAGUAGUGAGAGAGUACAACUUGUCAAAGAGCACAACUCAUCACAACAGUACAACAACUCAUCACAAGAGUACAACAACUCAUCACAACAGUACAAUAACUCAUCACAACAGUACAACAACUCAUCACAACAGUACAACAACUCAUCACAAAAGUACAACAACUCAUCACAACAGUACAACAACUCAUCACAAAAGUACAACAACUCAUCACAACAGUACAACAACUCAUCACAACAGUACAACAACUCAUCACAAAAGUACAACAACUCACCACAAAAGUACAACAACUCAUCACAAAAGUACAACAACUCAUCACAACAGUACAACAACUCAUCACAACAGUACAACAACUCAUCACAAGAGUACAACUCAUCACAAGAGUACAACUCAUCACAACAGUACAACAACUCAUCACAACAGUACAACAACUCAUCACAACAGUACAACAACUCAUCACAAAAGUACAACAACUCAUCACAAGAGUACAACAACUCAUCACAACAGUACAACAACUCAUCACAACAGUACAACAACUCAUCACAACAGUACAACAACUCAUCACAAGAGUACAACAACUCAUCACAACAGUACAACAACUCAUCACAACAGUACAACAACUCAUCACAAAACGAGAACUACACAGAUGUGACUGACAUGCCUAAAUUACAUAACAGUAGUGAGAGAGUACAACUUGUCAAAGAGCACAACUCAUCACAACAGUACAACAACUCAUCACAAGAGUACAACAACUCAUCACAACAGUACAAUAACUCAUCACAACAGUACAACAACUCAUCACAACAGUACAACAACUCAUCACAAAAGUACAACAACUCAUCACAACAGUACAACAACUCAUCACAAAAGUACAACAACUCAUCACAACAGUACAACAACUCAUCACAACAGUACAACAACUCAUCACAAAAGUACAACAACUCACCACAAAAGUACAACAACUCAUCACAAAAGUACAACAACUCAUCACAACAGUACAACAACUCAUCACAACAGUACAACAACUCAUCACAAGAGUACAACUCAUCACAAGAGUACAACUCAUCACAACAGUACAACAACUCAUCACAACAGUACAACAACUCAUCACAACAGUACAACAACUCAUCACAAAAGUACAACAACUCAUCACAAGAGUACAACAACUCAUCACAACAGUACAACAACUCAUCACAACAGUACAACAACUCAUCACAACAGUACAACAACUCAUCACAAGAGUACAACAACUCAUCACAACAGUACAACAACUCAUCACAACAGUACAACAACUCAUCACAAAAACCCCAACAGACCCCAAUAGACCCCAAUAGACACCAACAGACAUCAACAGACCCCAAUAAACCCCAACAGAUCACCCAACAGACCCCAGACCCCAAGACCACUCAAUAG